AUGGCUGUCAUCUGGUGGUUAAAUACUGAAGGUGAUCACAAGACAGGAAGAGACUCCACCCAACAACUCAGCAGGCACGCUCAGAUACUGGAGUACAAAAUCAUUACUCUUGUGAAGAACGAGCUGAAGAAGAUCCAGGCAGACCUGCCUCCAGAUGACCUACAAUGUUUUAAGAGUCAAUAUAAGGAUGAAGAUGUAUUACAGAAUGUGGAUGAAGAACAAUAUAAGAGCAGCAGAGAAACAGUUGUGACAAUUACAGUGGACUUAUUGAAGAGAAUGAAGCAGAAUAAGUUCGCUGAGCGUUUGCUGAGAAAGGGAGGGACUGCAGAGGUCAAUGAUGAACAUGAGGUCAGACAGAUUGAAACAGCAUCCAUUAAAACAGACAGUCUAGAAGCAAUAAUCGGACAAGAAGACAUCUUUAAAGCCUCACCUGGAAGAGAUGAACCAAUCAGAACAGUGCUGACAAAGGGAGUGGCUGGCAUUGGGAAAACAGUCUUAACACAGAAAUACACCCUGGACUGGGCUGAAGACAAAGCCAACCAGGACAUCCAGUUCAUAUUUCCAUUCACUUUCAGAGAGCUGAAUGUGCUGAAAGAGGAAAAGUUCAGCUUGGUGGAACUUGUUCAUCACUUCUUUACUGAAACCAAAGAAGCAGGAAUCUGCAGCUUUGAAGACUUCCAGGUUGUGUUCAUCUUUGAUGGUCUGGAUGAGUGUCGACUUCCUCUGGACUUCCACAAAACUGCAAUCCUAACUGACCCUAGAAAGUCCACCUCAGUGGAUGUGCUGCUGAUAAAGCUCAUCAGGGGAAAACUGCUUCCCUCUGCUCGCCUAUGGAUAACCACACGACCUGCUGCAGCUAAUCAAAUUUCUCCACAAUGUCUUGGCAGGGUGACAGAGGUCAGAGGGUUUAAUGACCCACAGAAGGAGGAGUACUUCAGGAAGAGAUUCAGAGAUAAGAAGCAGAUCAGCACCAUCAUCUCCCACAUCAAGACAUCACGAAGCCUCCACAUCAUGUGCCACAUCCCAGUCUUCUGCUGGAUCACUGCUACAGUUCUGGAGGAUGUGCUGGAAACCAGAGAGGGAGGACAGCUGCCCAAGACCCUGACUGAGAUGUACAUCCACUUCCUGGUGGUUCAGGCCAAAGUGAAGAAGGUCAAGUAUGAUGGAGGAGCUGAGACAGAUCCACACUGGAGUCCAGAGAGCAGGAAGAUGAUGGAGUCUCUGGGAAAACUGGCUUUUGAUCAGCUGCAGAAAGGAAACCUGAUCUUCUAUGAAUCAGACCUGACAGAGUGUGGCAUCGAUAUCAGAGCAGCCUCAGUGUACUCAGGAGUGUUCACACAGAUCUUUAAAGAGGAGAGAGGACUGUACCAGGACAAGGUGUUCUGCUUCAUCCAUCUGAGUGUUCAGGAGUUUCUGGCUGCUCUUCAUGUCCAUCUGACCUUCAUCAACACUGGACUCAAUCUCCUGGAAGAACCAACAAUUAUAUGCCAGAUAUCGGGAAGAAGAAAAGAACCUGCAGAGAAACUCCUCUACCAGAGUGCUGUGAAUAAGGCCUUACAGAGUCCAAAUGGGCAUCUGGACUUGUUCCUGCGCUUUCUCCUGGGUCUUUCACUGCAGACUAAUCAGAUUCUCCUACAAGGUCUGGUGACACAGACAGGAAGUAGCUCACAGUCCUAUCAGAAAACAGUCCAGUGCAUCAAGGAGAAGCUCAAUGAGAAUCUGUCUGCAGAGAAAAGCAUCAAUCUGUUCCACUGUCUGAAUGAACUGAAUGAUCGUUCUCUAGUGGAGGAGAUCCAACAGUCCCUGAGAUCAGGAAGUCUCUCCACAGAUAAACUGUCUCCUGCUCAGUGGUCAGCUCUGGUCUUCAUCUUACUGUCAUCAGAAAGAGAUCUGGAUGUGUUUGACCUGAAGAAAUACUCUGCUUCAGAGGAGGCUCUUCUGAGCCUGCUACCAGUGGUCAAAGCCUCCAACAAUGCUCUACUGUCUGGCUGUAACCUCUCAGAGAGAAGCUGUGAAGCACUGUGCUCAGUUGUCAUAUUUAAGUCUUCUAGUCUGGGAGAACUAAACCUGAGUAACAAUGACCUGCGAGACUCAGGGUUAAAGCUGUUGUCUGCUGGAUUGAAGAGUUCAAACUGUUCACUGAAAACUAUCAGGUGA